AUGGAUAGGGUUAAGCUCUUUAGAAUGCUCAUUAAGUACACAACGUAUUUCUUUCCCAUAUUUCAUAGAAACAAAGAUAAAAGUGGCAAAGACAUGAGGAACGUCUCUCCAGGGGAUUGUUACGAAUAUCAUGGAGUGAGUACAAUCAUCACGAGGAAAUUCAAAACGCGUGAUUGUCAUCGGAGCGCGACAACACCACGGAGCGAGGAUAAAUGGCGCGCAUCUACGAGGAGUGAGGAGGAGAAGUCACGAACAUGGAAUUAUGAUGCGAAAAGAAUGAUGGUUUUAUGA